AUGUUACCUGAAAAUGGAGGAAUUUCAUCUUCCUCAUCUCCAAUUCCUGAUCCUGCUCCUCCAAAGGCCAACAGUCUUGAAACAGAGCUACUAUGUGAUGAAUCAUUCAGUGAAAUUAUCAAGGAGGAAGUAGAAGAAGAAGUUGUUAGCUCUGAUUCGUUGAAUGAACGUAAGAGAUUACGUACUGUUGAAGAAGAAGAAGAAGAUGGAACAGAGGCUGUUUCUGAUUCGAAUAAAUCACGUAGAAUUCAUGAAGAUAAAGAAGAAGAAGAAAAAGGGCCAAAUGAGAUUGAUGAACAGAAUGGAAAUCAAGAUUCAGAACAGAGUGGAAAUCAAGAAUCUGAAGUAGCUGAUGAAAAAGAUGGUGGAAAUGAAGAAAACAACGAAGGAGCAGAAGAAUCAGAACAAAAGGAAGGCAGAGAGGAUGGAGAUAAAGAAGAAGAGGAGAAAGAAACAGAGGGGGGAAAUCAAGUAAACAACAAUGGAGAAGAAGAUCAAAACGAAGAAGACGAAACAGAGGAAGUAGAAAAAGAGGAUGAAACAGAGGAAUUGCCCCAAUUUUCAACAGCUGAAGAAGAAGGCGAAAAUCACGAUCUCGAAGAGCAUAGAGAGAAUGUAGGAGGAGAAGAUAAUGUCAAUCGUGUAAACUCUGAACAAAAUGAAGAAGAGGAGAAAGAAACAGAGGAACAGAAACAAAAAGCUGCUGAAAAAGGAAAAAGACCAUUAUUCGAAGAAGAUGAAGAAGAGGAACAGAAACAACAAGCUGCUAAGAAAUGGCAAAAAACAUCAUUGAUACCCAUCACACCAAUUUUUUCCAAAUUCCUACGAGGAGAAUCAUCACACAGAACUAAAGGAGAUCAAAUUCAAAAUUCAACACCAAAGGUUGAUACUGAAUUAGUCGAUAUUGAGAUAAACACAGACAACAACAAAGGUUAUGAUUAUCAUCGGGAUUUGGCUAUUUUAAAAGCCAUGUAUGAUUUCAAGUUCAUCAAUGGGUAUUUACCAUAUCCACACUCAGAUGAAUUACACAAUCACAUCAUGGAUUUGAUGCCUGAUUUGAAUAUCCUCGGAAAUGAUUUGACGGUAAAGAUCACAGCAUUUGAGGAUGAUUUCAAUACUGUUAUAAUACUGGAUGGAGAUAAUCCUGAAAUGGCACAGCCUGUUGAACGAGAAAUUUUCGACCUGUCUAUGCAAUUAUGGGGUAAUUCCGACGACAAUGUUGGCGAUGGGAUAUAG